ACAAGUGAAAAAAUUUUUAAAAACCAAAACCCCAAACUAAAAAAAAGAAAACAUUUGCAGCCAUGGGAGACACUGAAGAAUCAAAGCUUCAACUUCUUCUUGAAUGGUUAAAGUUAAAUGGAGUGGAAUUACGCGGUUGUGACAUCAAAUACAACAAUUCAAACAAAGGGUUUGGUGUAUAUUCAUCUAAUGCUGCCACUGAUGGGGUUUUAUUGGUGGUUCCUCUUAAUUUGGCUAUAACUCCAAUGAGGGUAUUGCAAGAUCCUAUUUUGGGACCUGUUUGCUCAGCAAUGUUUGAGGAAGGAGAAGUGGAUGACAGAUUUUUGAUAAUCUUGUUUCUCACGUUCGAGUCUAUACGAAAAAAUUCUUCCUGGAAACCGUACCUUGAUAUGCUUCCAACUACUUUCGGAAUUCCACUUUGGUUCUCUGAAGACGAGUUGUCGGAGCUAAGUGGGACUACUUUGUUUAAGGCAACCGAAUUGCAGAAAAAGAGUUUGCGGUCCUUGUACGAUGAUAAAGUGAAAGAGCUUGUGAAGAAGCUUUUGAUUCUUGAUGGUGACUUAGAAAGCGAAGUAUGCUUCAAUGACUUUCUUUGGGCGAAUUCGAUAUUUUGGACUCGUGCUUUGAGUAUCCCUCUUCCUCGCUCUUUUGUAUUUCCCCAAAUUCAAGAAGAAGAACAUAAUCAUGCAUCCAGUACAGAGUUAGCUAAUGGUGAUAAUGACAUAAAAUUGGAGGUCAAUACGUCUUCCAUACAAGCAGAGACUGUUUGGGUCGAGGGUCUUGUUCCUGGCAUUGAUUUUUGCAACCAUGAUUUGAAGGCUGCAGCAACAUGGGAAGUUGAUGGAACGGGAUCAGCAACCGGCGUUCCUUUGUCCAUGUAUCUUCUUUCUGUUGAAGAAGCUCGUCUUAAAAUUGGGGAAGAGAUAUCAAUCAGCUACGGUAACAAAGGAAACGAGGAACUUCUAUACCUAUAUGGAUUUGUCACUGAUAGUAACCCGAAUGAUUAUAUUAUGGUACACUAUCCAGCCGAAGCUAUCAAAGACGCACCGUUUUCACAAACCAAACUACAACUUCUAGAAGCACAAAAAGCUGAAAUGAGGUGCCUUUUAUCAAAAAAAUCGCUUGAUCAUGGGUUCUUUUCAAGUGAAAAAGAAACCAGAGAUAAAGUCAAAGAGACUGAAGUUGUUAACUAUAGUUGGAGCGGUCAACGCAAGACACCGUCUUACCUAAACAGCCUCGUUUUUCCCGACGAAUUCUUAACGUGCUUGAGGACUAUUGCCAUGAGUGAAGAUGAGAUAUUUUGGGUUUCGUCUUUGCUUGAAGAGCUUGUUGAUUCGGAAGGGGACAGACAACCAUCGGAUAUAGAAGUACGUGCAGCUGUAUGGGAAGCUUGUGGGGAUGCGGGCGCCCUACAAUUGCUCGUUGAUCUUCUAAAUACACGGAUGAUGGAUCUUGAAGAGGGGUCAGGAACGGAAGAUUCUGACACCGAGUUACUUGAGAAGGCCGUCUGCUACAAAAACAAAACGCCAGAAGAUGGCAAAAGCAAUGGCACCAAUGAAGCAUCUAAGAAUGAAGAAAUGAGUCGAAACAAAUAUGCAAGCAUAGUGUACAGGCGAGGUCAAAAGCAACUCACCCGACAAUUCCUCAAAGAAGCAGAACACGCGUUACAGUUAGCUUUGAGUGAAAGUAAUUAAAACAUACCGUUUUAACGACUUUCAACUCCGUUUCUUACUAGACAUUAGUAGUUUAGUAUCUUAAGUAUAUUGUUUUGUGUUAAACUUCUGGGAUUAACUUGUACAUGUUGCUAUUGGCUGGAUGUUGGUUAUUUUAAGCCCAGAUGGGAAGUUAUAUAUGAUUAUGAUAUACUGGCUUGGAUUUUGAAGCUUGUAUAUUUAAACC